AUGUUUCUUUUAGAUGCCAUGCGGCACGCGGAGUGCUCUAUUUGCCUCCAGACACUCAGUCUUAGUGCGGGUGGGUCACCAUCCCCAUCAAAUGGCGGGUCACCGGCGAAGAAGUUGCCGAGUCCUCCACGUGCCUCACCAGUGCCACGGCACGCAGAGUCGCGUUUGGACGAGGGAGAGUUUCAAAUCACCUUUGCACCCGGCGUGUCCCGAAGCCACACCGCCGAUGAUGUGAUGACGUUUAUUACUGCGCUCGACGCGUACCACCGCGCGGUGAAGAAAGGCAGUCGCCACAGCCGUGCCAGUAGGGAUGCAGGCGGCGGGUUGUUGUCUUGUGGAGCGGAGCAGGGGAUUGUAGUAUUGCCGUGUGGACACCUGCUGCACUUUCUCUGCGCCAUUCAGCUGCACGAGUACAGCAAUAGUCCCACGUGUCCCAUUUGCCGUCAGGCGCUAAAAAAAACAGAGGACUACGUCUUGUUUGUCCCCCGCCCACGUCCAACGCUCACUGAGCGGAGCAUGGCCGUUGAUGGCGAGGGCAACACGUGUGAGAGCAAUAGAAGUGAGGAGGGUGGGGGCGACGAAGUGCAGUUUGCUGGCGAGCGGUGCGUGGCCCCGUCGGAGGCGUACCGGUCUCACAUUCAACGGGAAGCGGACGAACUGAGGCGGCGACGUCGCAAUUUGCGGAGCCGCGAGCAUUUUCUUACGAGCAGCCGGGACCAGUUAGAGGAGCAGUGCAUCUCGCUAGAGCAGUCCGCGAGUGACGCCCGACGCCGGUACGAUGUGUUGACGCGGCAGGGGACUGUGGGGUUGGAUCGUCUCAAGGAACUUCGCGAUGUGGUGCUCAAGACGCACACCUCGAUGGAGCAACUGACGUUGCAACUUGCCAGCCUGCUGCGACAGCAACGCGACGUCGAUCAGCAGCUGGAGAAAUACAGCCAAAGGUUGCAGCGUGGGCGAUUGAACAGGCGGAGAGAGUCCACAGCAGACGGUGAAGGCGGAGGUGUCACGCGAGAAGACUACGCAGCGUCGCCGCUACAGAAAAAACGAGUGGAAAGACCCAUGGCAGGGGCACUGUUUUCAUAUUACGUCUCUCGCGACUAA